AUGUGUGCUAGCAGUAGAUCAGUGUUGACGUUCUUCCAGCGAUGCUUGGCGGUGAGUCACCAAACGAGGACGACCAACAGGCGUCUUCUCUUAUCACGACCCUCUUGGACCUUAACCUCGACCGGCGCAACUGUCGGACCCGUUCCUCGGGGAUUUUGUCGUCACCAGUAUGUCACUCUUGCAACAACUAACAAGCGAAGCCUGUGCAGUAAGGCGUCAUGUGAGGAAGAAUAUCCUCCUCUACCAGCCUACCAAUCCGACACUGCUUCGGAAGAGAAGAACGAGGUGUACAUCGUGCAUGUGAAGGGCCUCCCGUGGUCAUGCACUGCUCAGGACCUGCUGCACUUCUUCUCAGAGUGUCGCAUCCGCGAUGGCGUGUCGGGUGUGCACCUGACGGUGGAUCACCAAGGGAGGCCGUCCGGACGCGCCUUUGUGGAGAUGGAGCACGAGGAAGAUGUCGGCAAAGCGCUGCAGAAGCACAGGCAGUAUCUCGGACAUCGCUACGUGGAAGUGUACGAGGUGAGUAACAGCGAUGCCGAGGGCAUCCUGAAGAAAGCGGUGUUGUUCCCCGCCGACACCCGGGUGGUCAGAAUUCGGGGUCUUCCCUUCACGUGCACCGAGAACGACAUUGUGCGCUUCUUUUCUGGUCUGGAGAUUGUGGAAAAAGGCAUCACCAUGGUGCUCAAUAGCAGAGGGAGGAGAACCGGGGAGGCUUUUGUGUGGUUCUCAUCGCAAGAAGCGGCUGAUGAAGCAUUGCGCCGAGACAGAGAUCUCAUAGGAAACAGGUACAUUGAAGUAUUUCCCAGCAGCAGUCGAGAGAUCAACUCCAACUCGAGGAAUUUUUCCCAAAGCGUGAACGACACAACAAGUGUGAAGAGAAGCAGCCUUGCCACCACUUCGGUCCCAAACUCUAAACCCAGCGACUUCUCCCAUCACGUCCACUUGAGAGGACUUCCGUUGCACGUCUCUGGAGAGGAUAUCAUCAAGUUUUUCACCCCGGUGGCGGUGUCCAAGAUUCUCCUGGAGUUAGGACCCGAUGGCAGGCCCAGCGGUGAGGCCGACGUUUACUUUACCAAUCAUCGGGACGCCGUGGCGGCCAUGUCCAAAGACCGAAUGUACAUAGGUGAACGAUACAUUGAGCUCUUCCUGAAUUCAGAGCCUGAAAACCAACGGUGA